AUGCUCUCCAAGAUACACGCAAAUCACUUUGGCGCAGAAUCCAACAUACGCAUGGUACGUGAAGUCCUAUUCUGGCCAGGGAUGAGGAAAGCAAUUCAGGACGCAUGUGAAUCCUGUGGCACUUGUGCCCAAUAUGGACAAUCAGCCCCAAAGGAACCCAUGCGGUCUCUACCCAUACCCACUAGACCAUGGGAGAUAGUCAGCCAGGAUAUAUGUGAAAUAGACAAGCAGAACUAUUUGGUCACGGUCUGUCACUUCUCUGACUGGAUUGAAGUGGACAAACUGGAAGACACCCUGGCUCCCACAGUCAUCGAGAAAACUCAGGCACAUUUUGCGAGAUAUGGCAUUCCGGUGAACUGCCACACUGACAACGGUCCCCAGUUUAUAAGCAAGGAAUACAGACAGUUCUCAGCUGACUAUGGCUUCAAGCACACAACGUCGUCGCCAUACCACCCAAAAAGCAAUGGAAGAGCUGAGGCUGCUGUCAAGGUCGCAACAUCAAUGCUGAAAAAGGCAAACGACUUUCAAAACGCGAUGCUGAUGUACCGAAACACCCCGCCUCAAGGUCACACCUACUCGCCAGCGCAACGCAUGUUUUUGAGACGUACAAGAACCACACUACCCACCACAGAACAACUCCUGGCUCCAUCCAUGGUCAACUUUGAAACCGUAAAACAGGAAAUAGUCAAGAAAAGGAGUGAAACGAAAGCGUACUAUGACAAGACGGCAGGAACACAGCAAAGAUCUCUUGACAUAGGCAACUAUGCCUACGCCCAAACCAUUACCAAACCAACGCGGGCAACUAUGGCGCUAUGGUGA